CUUUGUUUAGAUAAAUCAGCUGACUGCUUCAGUAUACCUAACAAUUUUAUUUUUCUUGUAAACAAUAAAAUUUUCUAUGAUGUCGUUACAAAGUUCCUAUCAAGCAGAAAAGACAACAAUUGAAGAUGAAAGUGAAUACAGUGAGUUUAAUUACUCCGCUGCUGAAGCCUUUAUCCAAGGUUUGGCAGGUUUGGUCAAUCAAAGUGAUGUAGAAAAUAUGAUAAGGGGUCAAAAGCAAAUGUUGCAGCGUUUUGAAAAGACAAAUGAAAUGCUCCUUAAUUGCAACGCUUUAAGUUUAAGCAGACUAAAACAAUCCUCUGAUGAUUUCAAACGGCAUUGCAAGGUUUUAGCUGAGAUGAAAAAGGACCUGGAUUACAUUUUUAGAAAAAUAAGAUCAAUAAAGCAAAAAUUAAGUCAUCAGUAUCCACAGGCAUAUGCAGAAGCGCAACCCCAAAGGAGUAGUUUAGCAGAGGAGGCUGAGGAAACAGAGAUACAAAAGUGUUGUGGAAGCAAAGAAAAAAGUUUGGAUAAAAUACAGGGUGUACACCCAGUGUCAACAAAAUCCUGUGAGGUGGAGUAUGUACAAAUGGAGGAAGCAAUUGACAAUGGCAAACCUAUUGAGAAUGAAUUGAUAAAAAGAGUAUGUUCAAUAGAGACGGCUAAUCCAAACGAUUCCUCAGAUUGUACAUCUGAAGACACUGGAUAGUAGAAGCAUAUUUAUUAAAAAUAAAAGUUAAGCUUACAAAAUUA